AUCAACCCAAUCACACUUCUAAUUAUCUACUUCACAAUUCUAUCUGGCCCAAUAGUCACUAUGCUAAGCGCUAACCUAUUCCUAAUAUGAAUUGGACUAGAAAUAAAUCUACUAGCUAUCAUUCCAAUAAUAACAAAAAAUACAAGCCCACGAUCAACAGAAGCAGCAACAAAAUACUUCCUAACCCAAGCUACAGCCUCAAUAAUCUUUCUACUAUCAAUUAUUCUCAACUAUAAACAACUAGGAGUAUGGACACUACAGCCUCAAACAAACAACCAAAUCAUUACACUAAUAUUUAUCUCACUAGCAAUCAAAAUAGGCCUAGCACCAUUCCACUCAUGACUCCCAGAAGUUACUCAAGGCAUUCCUAUACAAACAGGAAUAAUUUUACUGACAUGACAAAAAUUAGCUCCAAUAUCAAUUUUAUUCCAAAUAUAUGAAAUAACCAACCCAAUUAUUCUUAUGACAUCAGCUAUCCUAUCAGUAUUAAUUGGAGCAUGAAAUGGGCUUAACCAAACACAAACACGAAAAAUUAUAGCUUACUCAUCCAUCAGCCACAUAGGAUGAAUAAUUGCAGUACUUCCAUUUAACCCAUCGCUUACAAUACUAAACCUACUCAUUUAUAUUAGCCUUACAGUACCUACAUUUAUAAUACUAAAACACAACUCAUCAACUAACAUCAACUCUUUAUCACUCAUAUGAAGUAAAACCCCAAUAAUACUACCAACUAUCUCCUUAAUUUUACUAUCCACAGGAGGACUACCACCCCUAACAGGAUUUCUACCUAAAUGAGUUAUCAUCUCAGAACUACUAAAAAACAACAACAUCAUUUUAGCCUCACUAAUAGCAAUAACAGCCUUAAUUAACCUAUUCUUCUACACACGACUAAUUUACUCAACUACACUAACCACAUUUCCAACAAACAACAACUCAAAAAUACCCCUACACCACACAAACCGCAAAAACAAUAUUAUCCUACCCUCUAUGGCCAUCCUAAGCACUAUAACCUUACCACUCUCCCCGCUACUAAUUACCUAA